AUAAUCACAUUAUUUUACGAAAGGAUUUCUGCCAUCUAUUUACCCGACUCAGCGUUUUUAAUUUAGUCGUGUAUUGCUUCGCUUGAGGUGGCAAAGAACAUUUGGCAUUACUUUUAUCCACAAACGUCGACUAAGGACGUCCUUAUUAUAUAUAAAAACUGCAGUGUAAUUAAAAACCGAUAAAAAUGAGUAAGAAGCUUGUGCGACCUUCGAUAUUGAAAACGUCUGAGACGCAGCGAAGCUCUAAAAAUUUGGCCAAUAUUACUCCCUCGAUUAAAACGCCUCAAACGCUAACAAUCGCUACGAGCGGAUCGAGCGCUAACUUUUCGCGCGGUAGUCGAACGGAAAUGGAGUUGUUGUUCGACAAACUGAAAAAGCUCGACAAAGGUGACAGCCCCGAUGUCAUUUACUCCAGGGGAAUUGAACAGCUCUGUAGCGAGCUCUCUAUUAGGCCGAAUUCACUUGAAAUGUUUGUUUUGAUGUGGCGUCUGCGUGCGGUUCGAGAUGGUUGUGUGAGCCGAAAUGAAUGGCUUUCCCUCAUUUAUAACUGCGGCGUGUUGAUGUUAUCUCAGCUAAAAGACUAUCUUAACGAAUCUGUGCGCAUCGUCCAGGAACGUGAGGAGGAGUUCUAUUCAAUGUACAACUUCCUUUAUGAUUUCAUUCGUGGUGAAAAUAAUCGUCGAAUGCCCGCGGUGAGAGCCGUUCAGGCGUGGAAGGUUUUCUUCGUGCAGAAGAAAGAUCUUGUGGAUAGAUGGAAUGGAUGGAUCCUUGAGGAGUAUAAGUAUGAAAUUUCAAGAGACCUGUGGGGACAGACAGCUGUUUUCUUCUUAAAUAGCAAGCAGCAGGGUAAGGAUAACAAUAACCAUACCACCGAUUUAGGCCAGCGUUCGAGCGCGAUUGAUGACUUCUGUAAAUGGAAAAGUCCCAUUUCAGCAUGA